AUCGAGCAGACUUCUCCGAACUCCAAGAAUGCGUGCUUGGCCUCAAAUCCGAGCUCUCCGAGGAGCAGCGGCUGCAAAUCUGGAAGCUGAGCUACCGGAUCUGGAACACCUGCGUGGAUAUCACCAACAGCAUCCAGCAGCAGCCGCCAGGCCGCGCAGCGGUGGAUCCCUCGGCGGAAUACCACGCUCGGCUUCGUCAGAUCGCGAGCGAGAUGCUCUUCUUGGCAUCUACCCGGUGGAGCACUCUCAAGAUGGCCAGGUUGAACUGGAGUACUGCCAACAUGACACUGAUCAUGAAAGAUGGACUCUUUGCAUUGUUCCAAAGCUUCGUUAAUUUGAGAUUUGGUUAUUGCAGAGGUCCUCAUCUUCUAAAAAACUUCCCAUUAAACCUUUGCAAUUUUU